UGCUAUCUAACUGUCAGGGUAACUGGUGACACGCCAGCUCGGCUGCUGCUGACAUAAACGAUCACGGCGUUGCUUUUCUCUCCACAAAUACCCGUGAUUAUCGCCAACAUUCCUUCAUGUUUGUGUCUACAAUUCGUGUCUCUAAAUGAGAAUAUCACUGUGAAGUAUAUCAAAGACUGACGCGAUUAUAUGUUGCUGUACUCGACAUCUGGAGGGAUUUCAUCUCCACUCCAAACCCAAGUGUCGACUGCUUGCGGAUGCCGUUGCAGUUGCGGAAAACUUUGCAAUCCUUUCAGCAUUAAAAUAUCACCAGCAAACAUGGGUACCGUGUUAUCUAUCUCACCGAAGCCUCAUCGAGGGGACUAUGGAGGCUAUUCGGACACUACUACCCUCAGUGUGGGUAACCUAAACGAACUGUACCUCAACAACAGCAAGAAUGUGUCCAGCACCAAGGAAAAUAUACAUCUGGUUGGGGAGCGACCGAUGCGAAAGCAUAAUUCCGCCCUUUUUAUCAGUGCUCUGGGUCUUAAGAUGUUCAGUGUCUCGAAGAAGAAGACGAGUAGCACCGGAGUAAGUACAACAUCAUUAGACACUAACUUUAACAGUAGCAAGCAAUCCUUGACGGGAUCAGAUAAAGCUAAUAAUAACGUGCUCAAGCCUAAGAAUCAUCCCAACCAAAAUACAAACAAUGCUGUGUACAGGCAGUUUCCGGAUAGCGUUGCCAUCCUCACUCCUCAGAAAAAGGACUCGAAAAUCUUGGACUCGAGUAUCAAGAAGUCGUUCUCUUGUUUCAAUCUUAAUUCACACUGUCCAUCGAAUGGCCAGAAUGGCCAUCACCAUUCACACAAGCAGCACAAAAUCAGCAACGUCUCUGGGUCCACAGCGACGACGACAUCAACAAAUGGACUGAAUGGCUUCCGAAAGGUGUCUAGCCACGGGCUACGAUCCACAUCCGGUGUUCAAACCAACCCUAAGAAAAUCCUGCAGUGUUCGACUAGUGAGCUGCUUAAAUGUCUUGGAAACUUCCUCUGCAGGCGGUGCCCGUACUUGAAGAGUUUUGAUGCGAAUGAUGCUAUUAUGUGGCUGAGGGCUGUUGAUCGAUCGCUUCUGAUCCAAGGCUGGCAGGACAUCAACUUUCUUAAUCCCGCCAACGUCGUCUUCGUUUAUAUGCUUGUCCGUGAUCUGCUCAAUGGAGACGCUGUCGUCAAGAACGAGUCCGAACUCCAAGCCAUGGUCCUGACCUGUCUGUACCUUUCCUACAGCUACAUGGGCAAUGAGAUUAGCUAUCCUCUGAAACCAUUCCUCGUUGAGGAGGACAAGGACAGGUUCUGGUCGAGGUGUAUCAAGAUUAUCAACAGCUGCAGCUCCAAGAUGCUGAGGAUAAACCAGAAUUCUAACUACUUCACGGACGUUCUAGCGGACCUUAAAUCUUUUGCAAGAAGUUGAAUGGCCAUGUGGAUAGGUCUGGGACUGUGCAUUUUUCAUAAACAGUAGGAGUCCAGCUGAGAAGCCGCUCUCCAUUUUAUAACCAUAUUGAGGAUCUAACUUAUUAGGGAACCACACCUUUUAACUGUGGAACAAGAUUAUAUAUACUUCGUUUGUUCUGGAGAAUCUUAAUAUAUGUAUUGAUCAGUAUGUCACCGUUCCUUAUGAAAUGUCUUGAAGGUUUUAUAUCUGUAUAUUGUGCUGAAUACUUGAUUGUACUAUGUAUAUAUCUGAGAUAAUUUUACUUGUUCAAGAAACUAUGUGUGUCAUGCUAGUCCACAAAGAGGGCAUAUUUAUGAUUUGUUUUGCUGCACUUGUAAACAGGAGAUAAUAUAUAGAUAAGGGGGAUGUUUGGGUGCGGGUUAUCAGGUUACAGAGAUGGUUUGCCGAGAAGUAGCAUCCGUCAUGCGAUAUGACCUUCUUUCACCAUGGCGCGUGUGGAUGUCUAUGCCGGCAGAAAAGGCAGAAGACUAAAAAUGCCUAGCCUGGAGAUGGGCAAGCAAGCAUCCUUUGUAUUAAGAAUCUGAAAUACCCCUCCCCCUCCUCAUCAUCUUUUUAUCCGCAUCUGGGACCCCCAUCACCCCCCUCUCUCUCUCUCAGUCUAUAUCUACCUUUGAUUUGGGGAAGGCAGGCUGCUUUUCAUCGCUUGCCUCGCUUUCACUCCGCAGGCCUCGGCAUAACAACUCAUGUAACCCAAUAACUCGGCCUCUUGCUCUUUUCUCAUGAGAGGCAAUCACAUUACCAGAAUGGAAAGCAGGCAGAGAGCGGUAUCCGUUCACGACCGAUUGGUAUUUCCAUUAAGCUUUUUUUUAAGAAGGAAUGUAGAGCAGCCACAGCCAGUUAUGACACGGUCUGCUUUUGCAAGGAUGGAAUAAGCUACUUAACGAUCGAUUCAUAAUCGGGAAACUAUAGAACAAGAUUACUAGAUAAAUGCAUUCCUGACUAAGUUGUAAACCAACCGCAAUGUCAUGUGAUAUAUUGUUCGAUUGUGAUCAUUUUUUUUAUGAUAUUGAUUUCACAUAUGAUUUUUUUUACACCAAAGAACAACGAAAUAUUUUUGUAAUGAUUUGCAGUUGCCGAUUGUAAUGUUUGUGCGAUUUCUUUUUAUUUUCAUUUUAAUGUGCGUGAUUUUUUUGUUAUCAAACCUUAGAUCCUGUAAGAUUCAUUCUUUUUGUAUGUGGUGAAUCACCAGUUUAUGAUUUGCUGCUCAUGAAUUUAAACAUUUUUAAAGUAAUAUCUCUGCUAACGCAUUCUAAUACCCUUAGAAAUAUUACGCAAUGAAUACCCUUCUAAUCAUUUUAUUCUUUUGAUGAAUGGCGGGUUGACGUUUUUAAAGGUCACGAACACGAUGAUGAAGUCUUUUUUGUGCAAUAUUAAACAUUGGUCAUCUAUCUUUGAUCCAAAUAAAUAUACAGGUAGCUUAUAAAAAUAAGGUAGAAUUCUCCUAUUGGUUGUGGUGCAGUUUGGCAAUACACCAGCAACCAGAUGUUGAAAUAUUAAAAAAAGGAGAACUUGAUUUAUUCAUUUCAUAACUCAAAAGGGAAAAAAUCGAAAGAUUUUGCUUAUGAUGACACUUUCUUGCCAUAGUUUACGGGUUUAACGAUCUGAAUAUCUUUUAUUUAAGUCAAAUUAUAUCAUAGUGUGGUUGUAUUUAUUCAUUAUGCACAAACUACAGGCGACAUGCAAUUGUCGUUUCUAACGCUCCACUGUGCCGAUUUGUAGGGCGAGUGCGAGCGAAGCUAAUUAACAUUUAUUGACUCGCUCUUGGAAGCUCUCCAUCUUUCAUGCACGGCGGAGCUUGUAUCCAUUUAACGGGUCCGUUACUAUAGUAACGAGCCUGCAUCACCAUCUAAUCUCAUUACCGGAGCGGGGGGGGGGGGGCUGGGUGGGAUUGAGUAAUACUAAUGAACAAUGGAUUGCUGCAUUAUAACUGCCAGCUAAUGGAUGCAGUAUUGUUGAAUAUCAUCCCUUUCGUAGCCUUUGGAUCUGAGUCCGAACAAGGAAUGAACCAUUGUGUUAUACAGUUCUGAUCUUUUCUAUUUGAUACGCCCUUACAGCUUAUAUCUGUGAGUAGAAAUUCCCUGUUCGGCUGUCUUUCCCCUCAACAGAAAUGCAAAAAUAACAGGAAAAUCGAGUCAGUACUCAUAGGUUAUGUGGAAAUUUGUUGAAUUAUUUCCAAAAAAGAACCCUACAGAAACUGAAUAACAAGAAUUAUGUGCAAAAUACAUUUUUGGUUUACAAGCCUAGCAUUGAAUUACACAGAAUAAUUUACUUUAUAAUAAUCAUUCUGUACGAAAUCGAAACUCGAGAAAAGAUCUAUGUUAUGGUCUUCGCUGAUUGUCAUUCAGAUGUGUCGCUGUAGUGUUUACAUAUAUCUUGCCAUUGACGACUUCACAUAGAAACAGCAUACGCUAAGUGUUAUUGUAAUACGGUAUUUUUUUUCUUUUUGGCUGACUUCAUCAGGAAACUGAUCAGCCGUUGUCAGUGUCAACACCGGAAUCUAGGUCCGGAAAAUCACGCGACCUAGUCAAACUGUCUCAACUAAGUACUGCCUAAGCUGCUAAUUCCUUAUUGUGAAAAGUUGAUCAACCCGUAUAAUAUAGUGACAAUCAAAUAUCAAAUGAAACCCGAUAUUGUUUGAAACGCUUGACGUAUAAGGGGUAAUAUUAGAUGAGAAUAGGAACAUUUCAAGGUAGAAUCCACUUGUAAUUUAAAUAGAUAGGCCUACAGUAGUAAAAGAUCAUGGCUUUUACCUUGUGUCCCCAGUACUGUGGUAGAAAACUGAUGUCAUGUACUUUCAUUCCCUAAAUUGUACUAUUGAAUUUGUCAUUAACCGCUACGUUCUUGGCACAUCACUGUAUCGAGGAUAUGAAACACACAUUUGUUGUUAUUGUUGAUGUCGGUACGUUUAGCUUGGAUUCAAUUGUAACACUUUUGUGAUAUCUAAUUUCACAACCUACAGUACAUACGUUUCGUGUUCAAGUACUGCAAAUCAUUUUUGUACUAUUCGCUGUCCAUGGUUAUACUUACUCCAUCAUUACAUGUUGUGUCAACUGCUACACAAUUAUUGGUUAAACAGAUCUUUAUGGAUGUGUGUGAUGUAAGAACAGAAGAAAAUAUAAAAAAACAAAGAAAAAAAGAUAAUUUCCCUAACUGUUAGUUAGGGAGUGAAACUAUUCCAGAAA